AUGGGUCUCCGAGAGGUGACCGUUGAGGAUGAGCGAGCUCUGCAAGAGAUUGCAGAUACCCUAGCAGGGUCGCACAAGGUCCUUGUUGUCACGGGUGCAGGCAUCAGCACCAGCUGUGGAAUUCCCGACUUUCGAUCCAAGGAUGGGCUCUACAACAUGAUUCCGAGCCAAAACAUGCUUCCAACGCCGCCGUCAUCACAGCCUUCCACGCCCACCCACAGUCGAGUUGCCGACCUAGGUCUGGACGGAGAACCACUCUCCUCGCAAUCGCGAAGCCGGAGAGCGUCUUCAAGUCCUUCGUCCAGGCUACGCGGACAAGACUUGUUUGACUCGCGUGUGUUCCAGAAUGCCGAGUCUACAACGGUGUUCUACCAGUUUAUAGCAUCCAUGCGACACAAGAUACGCGACGAGGUGCGGUCGACGAGUUCAGUCCACAAAUUCAUCAGAGUCCUCCGCGAUGGUGGUCGGUUGAUGAGGUGCUAUACCCAGAACAUAGAUGGCUUGGAAGCAAGAGAAGGCCUUGUGACGGACCUGAGGCGUGGAAAAGGAAACAAGCGGCGGUUCAUGAAGAAGCACUAUGAAGCACCACGCCCUGCGCAGACUGUCUCCACGGAUUUUGAUGGAGGAUGUGAGGUUGUGCAGCUCCACGGUGACCUGGACAAACUGCGCUGCACGAUGUGCUCCACUCAGUACGAAUGGAGGGACGAGGAGACCGACAUCUACCUGGAAGGCGCUGCACCGAGCUGCCCCAAAUGCAAAGAGAAGAGCGAAGACCGACAGGCCACGGGAAAGCGAGGUCUGGCAGUAGGUUCUCUCCGGCCGAACAUCGUACUCUACGGAGAAGAUCAUCCCUCCAACACGCUGCUCACUCCGCUGAUUCCUUUCGAUGCGGGUUGUCGACCGGAGGUACUGGUCAUAAUGGGGACUUCUCUGAAAGUGUUCGGCCUGCAGAAGAUUGUGCGCGAGUUUGCAAAGGCCGUGCAUUCGCACAAGAACGACAAAGGACGCGUGAUAUUUGUCAAUCGCACUCGACCCGCAGAGAGUGUCUGGGAGGGGAUUAUUGAUGAUUUCGUGGCUAUGGAUUGCGAUGACUGGGUGGACGACUUGAAAAAGCGCCGGCAUGAUCUCUGGCUCCGCCAAGGAGAAAUUGACAUGACCGUCACGAAAUCAGCACAGCCUAAGCGGAAGCGGAAGUCGAUCGAGGACGAGAGUUCGAAGGAGAACAAACCAUGCAAGAAAGCAAAGAUCGUUGUCGAAGUGCCUUGCCACCAUGCCGCAGACGGAGGAAGCCCUUCAGACAUACUGUCAAGGAGGUUAGUGACUCCAAAGAAGAUCAAACUACCUCGGGAUUACCCAGGACGCGCAAUACUCUCACCCUUAGCCCAAGCGAGGAGACCACCGGUUUCCCCCUUUACAAGCCCUAUCAGAGGCGACGAAGAGUCGGCCCUUCCGAGUCCAAGGAAGCGAGGAACGCCUAUGCGACCGCCAAUCUCACCACCAACAUUUUCCCCUUUCACACCAGGCCUCUGGACUGGCAGCAAGCUUAAGAUGGAGGUCUGCCGGGAUGAGAAUGAGUUCUGUCCUCCCAGUCCUUGCAUCGUCCAUCCUGAGGUAGAGCCAGAACUGGAUGAAGACACCGUAGCCAUUAUCGAAACUCAGCGGCCAGGUAAGGUGGACGAGUCCCAAGCGCUGCCGUUCAUGGCACAGGUCUGGCAGCGAGUGCGAGAUAGCUGCGUCUUCUCUUACGGGCAAGAGCCCAACUCGAGCCAGCAAUCGAUUGAAGAUGAUGUCGGCGAGGUCGACACCCCGACUCGAGGACCACGAGGCCGAAGAAUCGAUGUUUUGGCGGAGUGA